ACAUAUAUUCUAUUGUUUUGAGAAUGUUAAUGGUCAAUUUGUAGACGUUGGCAUUAUAUGGCAGAAGUUCGGACUCUUAAUUAUUUUUGGUUCGAGUUGAAAAUGUAUCUCGCAAUUGUAUAUGUGUUGAAAACUCACCAAAAUAUGAUUAGGUUUUAUUCCAAACAUGUAUUUCUUAAUAUGUGGUUUAUUUUAUUAGGCUAUAUGUUUUUAGUUAAACUUAUUGGUUUUCACUUUGCUAAAGAUUUUUGUAAUGAGGAUUUUGUUGUCUGACUAUACUGUUGCUUGUCGCUUCUAAAAAACUUCAAUACACAUUAAUCUACACCUCAACCGUGCCAAUAAAAAAUCAAUAUUCAAAAUGUUAAAAUGAAUCUAAUAUGUGUCAUUGCACUGAUGGUAUAAUGCAUGCAUAUUGUUAUAUAAAAAGAAAAUAUAAAAUAUUGCAAUGUAGAGGUUGUGGGACAUUAUUCAUUCAAAGCAGAAUACAUAUUUCUGAGAAAAGCUGAGAUUUAGCAUAGUAUCUCCGAUUGAUCUGAUAAAUUAUUAAUGAACCGUAUAUGAUGACAUUACUGAUUUUGUACCCCUUCAAAUUUUUGCCCAAUGAUGACACUGUUUCUCAUGAUGCUAUAAAAAUAGCAGCAUUUUGUAUAAUGUGACUGGCGAAUACGGACAGCGUAGAAUAUUUUGAAAUGGAUGAUUUACAAAAAGAUCAUUUACCCUACGAAGAGGAACCAGUAUACCUCCGUGAUGGAAGAAGAAGAGUCGACUAUGUACUUGCCUAUGAUAAUUCGGAACAUGAAUAUGAUGAGUACCGUGCUGCAUUUGAGAAACAAUUACGUGAUCAAGGACUGGAACUGGAAUAUGAAUCUACAGAGGACCAAACUUCAUCAUCUGAAGAUAAAUCAGAGCAUGUUUCCUUCAUAAAGCUGCAUGCUCCUUGGGAAGUGUUAUGUAAAUUUGCAGAGAUGACAAGAAUGCCAACACCGAUUGCACAUAAUGAUCUGAUAACAAAUUCAUCUGAUAUGGAUUGGUCUGCUCCAUUUAAAAGUUGUUGGAGAAAAGUUGCGGCUCUACCAAGACCAAGAAAAUAUGGUUAUAAAUAUAGUGACCAUAGUAAUGAUGAAGCAUUUUUCACUGCACCAUUUGAUAUGGCAAGACUUGAAAAAUUCAUGAUCAGAGACAAAGAAACCUUCUUCACAACUGCAGAGAGACAGAGAAUUGUACUCAACAUAUUGAAUAGAUCAAGAUAUGGAGACACUGAACUUGAAGUUGGGAUAAAUCGACUGAUUGAUAAAGGAUGUUACAUGAGUUAUUUUCCUUUACAUGAAGGGGACUGGAGACCUGAGCAUCUCAAUAAGACAAAUGUCAGAAGUGGUAUUUCUUUGAAUAAGAGACAGACAUUAUACUGGUUAUGGGCAAGACCAGGAAUGUGGCAUGCAACACAACCUUUAGAAUUAAUCAGGCAAUACUUUGGUGAAAAAAUUGGAAUGUAUUUUGCAUGGCUUGGUUUUUAUACACUAAUGUUAAUUCCUGUCGCUAUUAUUGGAAUAUUAGCUUGUAUUUAUGGACUUGUAUUGAUAAAAUCCGACAUUAUAAGUAAGGAGAUUUGCUCUUCCAAUCGAAUAAUGUGUCCUCGAUGCGAUGAUGACGGCUGUCCAUUCUGGAAGUUGAGUGAUUCUUGUCUCUAUACAAAAAUUACAAGAGUUUUUGACAAUGAACUUACAUUCUUCUUUGCUUUCAUCAUGUCUCUGUGGGCAACAUUUUUCCUUGAAUUUUGGAAGCGAAAACGAGCUAACCUUGUGUAUAAAUGGGAUUUAGAAAACUUUGAAGAGGAGGAGGAACAAAUUCGGCCUGAAUAUGAGGGAAUUUGUAAAAGAAAGAAAGUCAACCCAGUAACUGGAAAAGCUGAGCCAUACCUUCCUGCUUAUUUACGAGCUCCUAGAUUAGUUGGAUCAUGUUCUGCAUUUUUUGUUCUGCUCACUCUUGUUCUUGGUGCGGUAUUUGGUGUCGUUGUUUAUCGCAUCAUCGUUGGUGCCAUCUUGCCUCAGCAAUCAUCCGGAGUUGUGAAAAAAAAUUCAAGUCUGAUAACUUCAAUCUCUGCUACAUGCAUCAACUUUGUUAUCAUUACACUUCUGAAUUUUGUUUAUGAAAAAAUCGCAGAAUAUUUGACGAAUAUGGAGGCUCCAAGAACAGCUACAGAUUUUGAAGAUUCUUUCACUCUGAAGAUGUUUCUUUUUCAAGCAGUCAACUAUUAUUCAUCAAUUGUUUAUAUUGCAUUUUUCAAAGGUAAAUUCAAUGGAACUCCAUAUGACUACCGGAGACUACUUGGUUAUAGAUCAGAAGAGUGUGAUCCUAGUGGUUGUUUGAUUGAACUCUGCAUUCAGCUUGGUAUCAUCAUGGUAUUGAAACAAGCCUUCAACAAUACAAAAGAAAUUAUCUUGCCACUUGUGAAGAACUGGUGGGCAAAACGUUCUUUCUUCAAGAAGGAAGAAAAAGAUAAAGUGGACUUAUAUAAAGAUCUUCAUGAAUCUGCAUUAUACAGAGAUUUUCUACUAGAAGAUCCAGGCCGAAGAUAUUUGUUUUCUGAGUAUUUAGAAAUGGUCAUUCAAUUUGGAUUUGUGACUUUAUUUGUUGCAUCUUUUCCUCUGGCUCCGUUAUUCGCUCUUCUCAACAAUGUUAUCGAAAUAAGAUUGGAUGCUUAUAAGUUUACCACACAAAUCCGGAGACUUCCUGCCAGAAGAUGUGAAAAUAUUGGUAUGUGGUUUCCAAUUUUAAAAGGGCUCAGUACACUUGCUGUUAUAACAAAUGGUUUAGUAGUAGCUCUGACAUCAGAAUUUGUUCCACGCCUGGUUUAUAGAUUUUUAUACAGUCCUUGCAUUGGAGUGGAAGACAUUUCAAAUAUGUAUUGCAUGACUGGUUAUGUGAAUGCAACAUUGAUGGAUAUAGCAGUUUCAGAAAUAGAUCGUGGUAAUCAUCCACCUUAUAACACUUCACUUCCAGGAAUUCCUGACAAGUGUUGGUUCAGGGCAUCAGAUCCAUCUCUACCAACACAACCAAUAGUUUCAUUCUGGCAUGUAUUUGCAGGAAAAAUCACUCUUCUAGUGGUGUUUGAGCAUGCUGUUUUUGGUCUCAAGCUUCUGAUUGAUUUGAUCAUACCAGAUGUACCAAGAGAUCUCAGUCAACAAAUGGAGAGACAGAAAUAUUUAGAACUCAAGUUGUUGUAUGAUAGAGAUGAAGAAAAAUUGGGAUCCUCUGGUGGCUCAGUUAAAGAAAAACAUCCGAGAAAAGAGUCUCCUCCAGACGAUAAUCAGCCUUCGGCAUCUACAAUGGAAAUGGAGGAAGUUUGACGUGGAAUUCAAAAAUAACCAUGUUGCAUCAAAGUAUCACAAGUAUACCAUUUGUAGGGAUCAUAUCAUUUGGCGAAAAAUUUUGUUUAUUGAUAUAUUGGAACAUGUAUUUUUACAUUACAUACUAUGGAUGAUGAUGGAUAUCAACUCAGGACUAAAUUCUUCAAGGCACAAUUUUUUGAGAGAUUAUCAAUGUUUAAGUUUUUCUUCAAUUCUACAGUUUUUUCAAUGUUAUUCUACGGGUUUGUUUUGUAUGGCACACGGGAUAAAAAAAAUUAACAAAUUCUGUUUUUUUUUUUAAUUUGUUCAAAGUGUCAGUCUUUUGUAUUAUUCAAAAUGUAUUCAUUUGUGUGCAUAUCUUAAUUCUACCUUUCGCUAUAACAUAAGCUGAAGUGAGAAUCUUUCAUGACAACAAAUUAUGAGAUUAUUUAUCUUUCUGAGCCAACUGGUUCUGGUUCUUGUUCGACAUAUAUCAAGUAUAUUCAUACAUCCAAUGAAUCGAUUCAGCUCAUAGCCGGGAUGUGUGACAUUCUUGCAGCAAGCGCUUGCAUACCAGAUAGGGUAGAUUUUAAUAAAAGACAUACAUUCACCUUUGGAUAUUUCGACUCAAAAGAAUCUCUCCUCAUCUUAUGAUUCUUUAUGUGCCAUGAAUACCGAGAUCAGAGUAUUUUAUGCACAUGCUUUAUUACCUUAGCAGUUCUUUGUGUCAGUUUGAAACAAAUUUUGUUAGUUAAAUGUUUUAUUUAUAUUUUUGUGUGUUAUUUUUAUAAAGCAUGGUAUUCUAGGAUAGAAUAUUCUUAUUCAUCCUGGGGAAGCUGAUAAGAUGGCUUGUUCAUAUUAGAAUGAAAAAAAUUCUCUUACUAGUCCAUAUCUGGGUAUAUUCUCACAUAUGGAAAUGGGUUAACCUUCUUCAGAUACCAAGUUCAUUUUAGUACCUUUACCAGCCUUGGAAAACCCCUAUUCUUCACCUCAUAUGGUUUCUUUUUUAUUUCUCAAAUUUACCAUGAAAACUCAUGUUGUUUUAGAUAAAACUGUGAAUUAGGCUACUUUAAUCUGAUUAGCCAAAGUCAUUUUAACAAGGCCAGACACUUCAUCAAACUAAUUUGUGUCUUGCUGUUAAUCCUACCUUGAGAAUACAUAUUUAAAAUAUUUACUUCAAUGUUGCUUACCUACUUGUACAUAAUUUUUAUAUUUUGUUUAUAUUAAGUGCCAGGUCCAUUCAUGUGAUAUUAAUGUCUGAUCAAUGUUGAUUUAAUGCGAUGAUUCUCAUAUAGAAUAUUUGUUGUUGAUCCAAACUUUCCAUAACACCAUGGUCAUAGUGUAUAUCUUUGAACAAUUUUACUGAUAAAAUCAUAAUACUGUCAGAGACAAACAUUAUUUGUAGAUGGCAUCAUUGUGUAUAUGCUCGAAGGGGUGAACAUCAUUUGAAAAUAAUGAAACUGUGAACUACAGCAUGAGAGAGACAAUAAACCACCACCCUCAACACGCAAGAGCCUUCUGACAGUAAAUGAGAAAGGCCUUCUGAAUCUGAUUAAUUAUUCCAAAAGUUUAUAGCUUCACUCAUUGUCGGUUCACUCAUCAAAAUUUCAGGAUGGUCGAGAAUGGUCUUGACAUCUUGAACAUUGAGUUUUGUGUUUAUCAAAUAGUUUGUUUUAUUCUCACAGCCUGAACAAAUGUAAAUGUUUUUAUAUUCGUAAAUGUAUUUUUGGUUGAUUGGAUGUGUUCGUACUUAUUUGUUAACAGAAAUUAUUGGCACUUUUAGUAUCCGAUGUGGUAUAACCAUAUACUAGUACUGAAUUUGAAAGGUACAUACUUAUUUGCUGUGCAGACGAUUUGUGCAAUUGCAUGUUUUUACUUUGUUUUCUUGUUCCAUUUCUAUGUUGUAAAAGAUGAAAAAGAACAAAUUGAGAUAGGUUACUGUGGUGUAGUUGUUUGAGAUCACGAUAUAUUUUCAUGCAUGCGGAAUGAAUAGUCAAUAAGUGUGUAAGAACAGGUAUAUUUGAAUAUUAAACUCAGUGUCAACGACGUACAGGUCAAAUAUUGCUGAUAAUUGUUAUGUAGACAUGUUCAAAUAAAUGUUGAACUGACAUAUUUUCAAAAUUCAACCAAUCUUGGUAGUAAUAGAUAUAGAGUAAGGCUGGGA